AAAUAAGGCUGAUCGUCACACGAAUCCAUAUUCAAGAUCUUGCUCUACAACCUCUUGAUCGAGGCGGCUUACCCCGCCCGAGCUUAUCCUUGAGUUCCCGGGGCUUUGAGGCUCCUAGGCACACCGCAGACAAGGCUGCGGGCUAUACCUACCAACCACAACCAACAACGCCCAUCAUAUGAGCACCGGCAGUGGGACGUUGGAUCUUUGAAUCAAACACCUGAAAUUUUCAUCGGCUCACAGUAGCUACCUUACGUUUGGGGGAUACCCUCCAAGCUGGGCACUUGGGCAAAAUGCUGCAUUCAUGUUCGUCAUCGACUUACCCAUGAGCCUUCUUGCUGAUGGACAUCAAAUAAUCCGUACAGUGGUUGUCACGCGUCCGGUCACGCAGCCAAAGAGCUGCCAUCAUCUCCGCCCGAUUGGCCAAGCCAGCAACCCGCAUCAAUAUUAUCGCAGGCCGACGAAUCAGCCUGGUAGAGUGAGGCAGCAACAAGGCCCCCCCAGGCGUUACACCGAUCUUUCCACGGACGUCAUUCAUGAAAACCUCGUUUACUCCUGAAGGCUUCUGAAUUUACUUUCAAAUACAAACAUUGCGGAGAACUAUGAAGAAGGUAAUGAAUAUGAUGCAAAGAAAGAGACAGCGGUGCAGUCCACGAGUGGAAGAAGUUGAGGGUAGUAGGCCGAUUUCUACGUCCCCUACAACCCUUCGCUCAGCUUGCACCAGCCUCAUUUAUCCUCCUCACCCUAUGGACCUUAGGGUGAAGGGAUAUGGGACGUUUAGAUUAUGCCACCAUGAUCAGCUGUCCUUUCGAGACGCCGUGCAAAACGGCUGCGCGAUCUGCUGCAUUGCCAUGCAAGACGUCAGACUUCAUGGGCUCAGAAAGGGAAACAAAAGUCAGGGGUAGAACCAGACUGCCAGUUUCCUGACACUACAUCAUCUACAAUCACCAGUGGACCAAAAGAUUGGAUCAAACAUGGCAAGCACAUUUUCAUUGCUACAUACCGGAACGAGCAUGAAUACACCUUCACCAGCCUCACUUUGGUCCCAUACUUUGCUUGAGACUCGUGUUAACCGGAGAGGACGGGGUGGACGCCCGAGCCCAGUACAUUACUCUGAGCUACAUGUGGGGGUAAAGAUUCAACGGGUCAUGCUUUUAUCUUCAACCUUAGACUUCUUCCGCCAGGGACUGCCGAUCAGUGAGCUUCCUCGAACAUUUCAGGAUCUGAUUGUGCUUGCCCGGGCAUUCGGCGUUCGUUACAUGUGGAUCGAUGCCCUCUGCAUCAUCCAGGACUCUACUGAAGACUGGGAGCACGAAGGUGCCGCCAUGUGGAAGGUUUACGCGAAUUCGCUUUGCACAAUUGCAGCUACCGCCUCUACAAGUCCAGAAGAUGGCUUGUUUCGGAAGAGAGACCCCGUACCAUUCACUCGACAGAUCAAGGCUCCUAGCGGACAUCCAUGUCGCGACAAUCAUGAUUAUCAUGUUUUCGAUCCAGGCUUCGCAGAAAGGUGUAUUUCCAGUGGGCCAUUACAGUCAAGAGGCUGGGCAUUCCAGGAGCGAAUCAUGUCGCCACGGGUUCUUCAUUUUGCAGACAGCCAGAUGUUGUGGGAAUGUCGCAAAGAGACCCAGUGCGAAGCAGCUCCUUUCUAUACGACUCUUCUGUCCCAGAAGAGCACAAAAGGGUCAAUCCAAUAUCAAGGAAUGAGGAACAGACUGGAAGUGACUGCGGACCACGACGCGGAAUCGUCUGCCUCCUUAUCUUCGUCGACGCCUGCGGUAAACCAUGUUGGGAAAGAAUAUGAUGUGUUUCUGGAUGGUUGGAAAUCAGUUGUCGCGAUCUACUCAAACUGUAGCUUGACCUAUGACGAGGACAAGCUACCUGCUUUGGCGGGCCUAGCCAAGGCAUUUCUACGAGACAAACCAGCUCGCACGUAUCUUGCAGGCAUGUGGAGAGAGAAUCUUGAAGGGCAGUUAGGCUGGAAGGUGAACACUCCGGGAAACAGACUCUCCACUCCUUACCGCGCACCUUCGUGGUCCUGUGACCAGUGCUAUUGA